AUGUCAACAGAUUUACCACCAGCAAUUGUAUUCACCGAUUGGGACGGUACAGUCACAUUACAAGAUUCAAAUGAUUAUCUUACAGAUAAUUUAGGAAUGGGACAACCAGCAAGAUUAAAAAUUAAUGAUUUAAUAUUUGAUAAUAAAUUAAGUUUUAGAGAUGGUUUUAAAGAAAUGUUAGAGUCUAUACCAACUCCAUUUAAUGAAUGUAUUGAAUAUUUAUUAAAAAAUGUUAAAUUAGAUCCUGGAUUUAAAGAAUUUUAUAAAUUUUGUCAUGAAAGAAAUAUUCCAAUUGUUGUUGUUAGUUCAGGAAUGACGCCAAUUAUUACAGCAUUAUUAACUAAUUUAGUUGGUCAAGAAGCUGUAUCUAAAAUAGAAAUACUUUCAAAUGAUGUUAGAAUAGAUGAUAAUGGAAAAAAUUGGGAAAUUGUUUUCAAAGAUCCAGAUUCUCAUUUUGGUCAUGAUAAAUCAAAAUCAAUUUUAAAUUAUUUAAAACAACAUGGUUAUUCUAAUGGUACUAGUGAUGAUGAUCAAGGAAUAAAAAUGUUUUAUAUAGGAGAUGGAGUAUCAGAUAAAAGUGGUGCUGAAUUAUUAGCUAAAUUAUCAGAUAGUUCUGAUCCAACAAAGGAUUUACAAAGUUUAUUAUUUGCAAAACAUGGAAAAGAUUUAAUUAAAAUUUGUAUACGAGAUAAUAUUCCAUUUACUGAAUUUAAUGAUUUUGGUGAUGUUUUAAAUAAAAUGAAAAAAAUUAUUGAUGAUAAUGAUUCAAUCAAUUCAUUUGUUGAAAAUUCAAAAAUUGCUAAAGAAAGUGAGGAAUUAAAAAAUGUAAAAGAAUCCACUAAGUAA